GACGCUUCUGUUUCGGUGCACACCCCCUAUCCUAGUGCUCGCCACUGGUUCGUCUCUCCUUUGGAGGGCCAGCCAUGGUUACUUCCAAACCCAUGGGAGGAGUGUGAGGAGAGGAGCCUCGAAGGACUUGUUAAUGCUCCCAAGUGAAAUUCCAGGAGCUGGGGGUGGGUGGUCACCUUCGUUCCUCUGUUUUCUGGAGACAUGUGUCUCUCUUUUCCCCCCAAAGUGCUUUGUCCAAAUUCCAGUCCUUUUCUCCUUUUCUCCUCCCUUUGUCUCGCUCUCUAACCUUCUUUUUUACGAGGUGUUUGCAUUUUUGCUUUCUUUUUCCUGGAUUUUUCCUUUUGGUUGAGCUUUGAAGUAGGUUCAGAUGUAAAGCUGAGAUUUUUCGAUGUUCUUUUCACGAAGUUGGUGGCUUUGUCUUCCUUGGAUGCGCUCGCUUUUGCCUUUGUUUCCUUAUUUGCUUCUUCGGUAACGGGAUGACGUUGUGUGGACUUAUGUUCUACAUAAUGGAAAAGGAUUCGUGGUUUUUGUGAUUCAAGAAGCUGAUUUGGUCCUCAAAAAUCCAACCUUUUGGAUCAAAAAUCAAAGGGAGGUAGAAAUGGGGAAUACAAGUAGUGUCAGGGAAGGUGGAGAGGAGGGGCAGGGUGGAAGCUCUCACUGUCAAAGAGGGUCAGAGGAUUUGAUGGGGCAGAGCCCUCCUCAGAGCCCCAGAGGCGCAGCGCAGUCUCCUCUACUCUUCGCUCCCCAGGUCCCUAUGACUCCAUUGCAAAGACAUGAAGAGAUGCAUUCGCCGAGUGAUUCAUGUACGCCAAAUUCCCCAAUGUAUGAGGAUGCCCUUGAUGUUCAAGGGAUUCCAACAAUGAUUACUUGGGGCCAUGGCGGCAGGGAAGUCUUUGUGGAAGGAUCUUGGGAUAACUGGAUGACAAAGAAGCCCUUAGAAAGAUCAGGCAAGGAUUUUACAGUCAUGAUGGUGCUUCCUUCAGGUUUCUACCAAUACCGAUUCAUUGUGGAUGGAGAACGGAGAUAUGCCCCUGACCUCCCAUGGAUGAACGAUGAUAUGGGAAAUAUCCAUAACAUUUUAGACUUGCAGGAUUUUGUCCCAGAGGAUUUAGGAGGUGUUGCGGGUUUCGAAAUGCCUCAAUCGCCAGAAUCAAGCUACAGCAACUCACCACUUAGUUCAGAGGACUACCGAAAAGAGCCACCGCUUCUACCUCCGCAGCUGCACGUUACCGUUCUGAACGCACCAGCCGCCAUGGAUUGCCCCUCCUCUCUCACGAGGCCUCCGCAUGUGGUGCUAAAUCAUCUCUAUAUUCAGAAAGGGAAGAGCAGUCAGCCUGUUGUGGCACUUGGAAAAACUCAUAGGUUUCUCUCCAAGCAUGUCACUGUGAUACUGUACAAGUCCAUAGCAAGAUGAUGUACAGAUAUAGCUGGUUAGUGUACCUGUCAAAACUCAUGGCACCAUUGUUCUGGUCUAUGUUCAAUAAAACUGUAAUGUUACUUAAUAGGACUUCCGUGAAGGAUGAACACAUAUCUAUGUUCAUGUGAAAAGCAAUUAUUACUUGCUCUGAUGCUUCUUCCUGCUAAAA